CUGAUUGGCUCCCGUCGCUUGGGGUAUAACCGGAAGUAUGAGAGAGAAAGAUAGAUAUAACUGACAGAGAAAGCCUAGCCGAUCUAACCUGUCACCUGUCACCUGUCAAAAGAAAACAGAGUAAACCACCAUCGAAAACGUCAUAUCCGAUAUCCGGUUUUACCCCAAGACGGCACAUUGGCGAAUCUCUGUUAUAGUAUCUCUAACUUUAACUUAUUGCACCGGUGCAACAGUGCAGCUAGAAAGAACAGACCACACGUGUAUUGCUUAAAUUAUGGUACAUCUGUGUCGCGAUAAAUAAAUUCCCUAGUCUUGUGUUGGUUAAACUGGUUACUAAUGACGGCCGACAGGCGGGAUAUUAUUAAACUGGUGCCGUAGUGGUCAUCAGGUCAGAUUUAAUCCUUAGAUUUCUUAGCGUGCCAUUAUUUUUAUAGCAAAUAGUAAAUGUAAUACGGAAUAAAUAUCGGCGCGUGCUAUUCGUCGUUUUUGUCGUCAUCGUCGUGUAAACCGGUCCGAGGAACCCACAGCAAGGAGCGUGCGAGUGAUCUUUAACUCUACUCAGAAGUACGAUUCUGGAAUUUAUUGUCAAAGAUGAAUAGCCGAGACGAAUUUGCAUUAUCGACUACUGCAAAUUCAGUAAGGGAAGCUAUUCGACAGCAACCCUCUCAACUUAUGCAAGCUACCAGAGGAAAUUUUCGACCUUUGUUUCAAUCAUUCAGACGUUCGAGAGGCCGACCAAAACAAAUAUUGAAAAAAUACACUCUUUUCCUAUUACGAAGAUCAAACGCUGAUUACUACCCAACCCUAACCGAAUGUAUAUAUUUACAAGAAAAUGGUUUCGGUAAGAAAAUAAUGGUAUUUAAAUUGAAUUGGUCGAUGACUAGAAUCCAAAGAUGUAUUUGCGAAAUGUAUUCAAGGGUGCAAUUAGAAUCGGUUGGCUUUCGUUUCGGCAAAUGCACUAAAGACAAAAAGAUAAUAAUAUUGACAGUAAAUACAUUUGAAGAGUUAAUGAACGAAGUGCCUAGAGGAAUGAUUAUUAUUAUCAUCCCAAAUAGAGAUUUGUCUUGUCCUGAUUAUACAAUAGCAAAUAAUGCAAAUGUUGAUGAGUCAUACGAAAACUCAUUGACAGAUUUAGGACGUAACAGACAAAAUAGAUCAGUUACUACAAGACAUUCUUUUCAACAAAAUUCUGGACAAGAUUCAAGUGAAUCUGAUGAUAAUUAUCCCGGUACUCAAGUUUACAGUACUAGAAAUAGACGAACCGUCAGAAGGGAGUCUACAGAAACACGAUCAGAUUUUCGAUCACAACCAAAUAACGAUGAAUCCGAGAAUUUUCAAAAUCAAAAUAUUCAGAAUCAGGAUGGAUUUGUUAUCAGACAAGCCUCUCAAAUUAAUCAAAGUCCAAAUGAAUUUGCCUCCAAUAUAUUAAAUUUGGACAAUUUCGCAUAUACAGAAGUAAGUCAAGAAUUUAGCAACGAAAUGAAAAUUGAGUACCCAGAUCUACCCAAUAACGGAGAAAUGAAUACUACAGAUGUUACAAUCAAACGAGAAAAUAUUAUCGAAGAAAUGUUAACAUUAUAUAAAGAUGAAAAUAUAUAAAAAAAAAUAAAAGUCACUUUUAAAGAUGAAUUAGGGCUAGGUUGUAGUAGUUUAACGAAGGAAUUAUUUUCUGAGUUUUGGAAAAAAAUUAUGCCCGAAUUUAUUUAGAGGAGAGAACCGAUCAGUCCCUUUUUUAUUUUUAUCAAAAAUAAGGAAGGGUUUAGAUAAAAACUUUCUAAUCAUUUGCAGAAUUUUAGCUCAUACUUUUAUUUUAACAAGAUCUAUCCCAACAAAUAUAUGUAAAUCUAUAUAUUUGCAAUUGGGUUCGCUAAAUAAAGAAGUGAAACAAGAAA